AUGGCUACAGGAAGAAGUUCAAUUAAAGUUCCAUGUGAAAAUGAAGACUUACCUGACAAAGAAAAUGCACCAAAUUUUGACGAGGACACUUUACGAGGUAAGCUAGGUUCAACUUCGGCUUCAGUAAUUGUUAGAACAAUCUCUAUUCGAUCACGAUCAGUUUCAAGAAUGCAAGCAGAUGUGGAAAAGGAUACAUACACUGCAUGAACACUUUAAAGGAUAUUUGGUCAGUCAUGACUCUCUUCUAUGAUUACAAUAUGCUGUUCAUUGAGAAGAUCUAUGACACAGAAACUUUUGCUAUUUUCUUUUCUAGCAGUUCAAAACAAUAACACAAAGUUAUAAUAAGUUAAGACUUUAUUUGAUCAUCAUAUAACAUCCUUUGUGUAAGUUUGCAUCAUAGGUACCAUCAUCAUCAUCACCAUCAUCUUUCUUAUUUAAUGAAACACAAUCACUUUGAAACCUUCAACAUUCCCUCCCUUAUCCUCGAGCAACCCACAGGCAUUUGAUCUUCAUCCAAGCCAAAGAGGGUGGGGGGGAGGGGUUUAACCCUGCCUGACUGGCGUUAGGGAAUUCGAAUAAAAACUGUCACAUCUAAUUUCCAGUAGAGCACAAGUGUUAUUUAUCAUUGAAUAUGGAGGUGUUUAAGGUAGAUAGUGUACCUUCACUAACAAAUGGCUCAGUAGAAAUAAGGCUUCAAGGUCUAGGUUUUAAAGCUUGGUCAAUUAGUUUUUAAAGCUUGAUCAACUAGUUGAAAGUCAAAUUGCUAAUUAUUUCGCCUUUUACAUAAAAUUAUGUGGGGCAUUUGAACAUUUUAUUAAUUUUGCCCAGGGAAUGGGAAUUUUAGGAGACCUAUCUCCAAAAAUUGAAAUGCCCAGGGGUUUGCCUCAAGUUGAGUGAUGCCUAACUCUCAUCAUUAUUCUUACCCAUGUUGUCACCUACAUCAUUGGCAUCAUCAUAACUAUUGAAAAUCUGCAGAUUUUAAAUCUCCAGAUCUUGGCAGCUCUGAUUAUACCCUAAUAAUUAUUAACUACGACCACAGACUUUGACACCUAUUUUAAUUUUUUUUUCGAAUCAUUUUAUUUUUUCUUUGCAGCCACAGCUGAUGUUUACAGAAAUGAGGGCAAUGAGGCCUUCAAGAAAGGAGAUUUCAUCAAUGCUAUUCAUUUUUACACCAAAGGAAUUAAAAUGAACUGCAACGAGAAAGAACUGAAGGCCAAACUGCACAACAACAGGGCUAUAGCACAUUCUAAAGUUGGUAAGAUGAUGAGAGCUUUAAUAUGCAUUUUUUUUUUCUAUUUUGAAGCUAUUGAGUUGUCAGUAGUAGUUUUCCGAAAAAGGUCAUAAUUUUGAAUGCAUGCCCGGAAAAAUUUACAUCUUAUCUUGGCCUCUAAAAUAUACAAAGAAGUAACCUCUCACCCCAGAUAUCAACGAGCAUCACAAGUUUUUCUCAAAAUUAUAGUAAUGGUAGUUGGUUUGCAACAUGUAUGGCUAAUCAGAGAUAUUUAUUUCAAUAACAGGAAAUCACCAGGAUUCACUAAGGGAUGCAGAAGCAGCAAUUGAGUUAAAUCCAACUUUCCUUAAGGCAAUUGUGAGAGGUUAGAUAUGUUAGCUGUGCUAUAAUAAUAAUAACAAAAGAACUCAACACUCUAAGGUUAAAUGAGGUUAAAUGGAGUUCAAUCUUGUCUCAAUUGACUUUAAUUAAGAGGUCGAGACCACCCUGAUGUACAUUUGAAUCCAGCUCUUGACUGCUACGCCAUUACUUUCCAUUAAUCAUGAUAAGAAUAUUAUUUUUAACGGGAUGAAGAACUCAAUGCGGAAUGCAAAGCAAAAUUUCAGCAUAAAAUUUUAGUUCCUUAAGUCCAAUGAGUCACAGAUGUAAGAUAUGUUAAGAGCGUGUCCACGAGAGCACCAGGCAGUCGUGCUACAUGCCAUCUCACCGAUUUCAAUGAAACUUUGGCAGUUUAAAGGGUCUACCCCAAAACUCAAAGAGACAAACUGGUUUCUGUUUUGGUUCUUCCGGGGGGAGAUAGACCACCCGGCUAAAGUAUCGAGCGAUUUGCUGCUGUAUCAACCGGUCAGUCUUAGACAACAUUUCUGGCUGGUGUCGUCUCUUAAACUCCAUAUUUGGGAAAUCACAUUAGAGGCGGUUGCCUUACUAGUUUCCUCCUUUGUCCAGCACACGUCUAGGAGAUAAUUCUCUGCUUUCUGAGAAAAGGUGGCUGUUUUUUGUGUUUUCCAAAGAGCCCAUCCAAAGUCCUCUUGGCUAGUUAGGGAUUGUUCGUAAGAAUUUUUACCUGAGGUCCGACCUCGAACGUAGCCUUCCCCUAUAGAAUGGGAAGCCGGUCUUUGUCCAUUUCCUCUUGAUCUUAUCCUAGGCGGAAUUUGUUGUCGGCUUCACUGUGUUUGUCUUUGUCAGGGUACAUUUGGAUGGCAGCCAAUGACUGAAACGUCUUGAUACAUCCUUCUUUUAGCAAGAAUAUCUCGCUUUCUUGUUCCGUCUAUGACGGAUUGGGUAUAGUUCUCGCGAUGACCCGCGUUCAGAAAUCUGUGCACGUUGCUGAUAAGCACCCGCUUCUACGACUAGUUUGCUGAAGGUUUCUAAUUUGAUGAGCCUAGUGAGACCCUGAGGUGCUUCAAACUGUGCCAGUUGGUCUGCGCUAUAAACUUGUCGCAGUUCUUAAGUCAGAGGGAGGAUCGCCCACCUCUAUUUAUGUGAGCGCCUCUACAGUACCUGCGUAUCCCUAGCAAUCAUAUGAUAUAAAGUUCAUCUCAGUCACAAAUCACCAGUUAGGAAAGCUGAUGUUCAGAUAAGCGCUCCACUUGCCCUUCUUCCUUAUUCAUUGUGGACUCUAAGAUAGCAGCUACAGUACGCGUUCUAUUUAGGUUUACAGUCACCUUGCCGCCACCAGAAAGACUCGCCACCAGCUUUGAUUUCUUCUGCCAUCUGCAGAUUCAUCUCUCUCUCACUUUGUUUCUCCGAUUUUUAUGAGGAGGAUACUGGCAUUUACGAACCCGAAGGUCUGAAUCUCACACUAAGUUGUGCACGAUAUUUGAGGUACAUCGUGAAAUGGCGGCCUUCGUAAUCUCCAAAUAAGCCAAUACGCGCUAAAAUAAGCUCCAUCUCGGACGAAACGCAUGUUUGGGAUACAUCGACGUCUCUCAAAUGUUUUUUUUUUUAAGCUGUAUACCCACGAAUUUAGAGGUAUGAGCUGUUGCCGUCCCUGGCCAGUGCGAGAAAAAGUAACAUUUGGUUCUACAGUUAGUUGCAAAUGAACAAGACAACUGCACCAUCUUGACUUUAUCAAUUCGAGUGUUAGAUUGAAUUGAGGGCUUUUUAGACACUCGAUUUCUUAUAUGGCAUCACUAUGAAGACGUAAUACAACUGAUACAACUACAUUACAUAGGAUUAACAAUGUCUGUUGCGCUGUUGCGAGAAGGAGGAAAAUAUUACCGGAAGUGUACGCUCUUUUUAAAAAGAGUUUCAGAGACGUUUCAGAGAUGUCUAUCUUUGAUCGGCUGUCACAAAAAAAUGACCCCCACUUAAAUUUACUAGGAAAAAUGAACUUACCAACUCCUUGUUGAAAAAAUUGGAAUUCAUUUAACCGAUACGCCGGUUGUUUCAAUUUUUCUUUUUCCUCGGGCUGCUAUGAAACAGUUCAUAAAUUGACUAAUGAGUAAAGUGUUUUGAAAUACCGUUCGGGAUUUGCCUUUUUUUCUGCGUGCAAAUCAAGGGUAGACAAAGUUUUUAAACAUUUGACUAGAUUUUCAUGGAGUUCACCUCGAUAAUUUUCGUCGGCCAGAGUCAAGACGCGCCAAGCUAAGCGACAUCGCCCUCCAGUAAAAAAAUUUUCCAAAGAAUAAACGUGGCGGGCGUGAGGAAACGCACAUUUUUUUCAUCAUUGUCAUCAAAGCCCGAUGAUGUACCUAAAUUGGUAUUUACGGUAUCAAACCAUUGAUUAUGACAGGGUGAGCUUAGUUUUUCUGUCGAGGUCGACGUGACUUCACAUUAAAAGCAUUUUUGACGGAACAAACUAGUGAGCAUCACUGCACCAACUCAGAAAGUAAAAACUUGUAUUUAUCUCCCACACGUUUCGUCUGACAAUAGUAGACUUCAGAGUUGCCUUCUGCGGGUAGAAGGCUACAAGCGAAUUUCUCAGGCUUAAUUGCCUUUGAUUUCUCAAUUGAUGUUGUCGCAAACACGGUUUUUGGGAGUCACGAGACAAAAAAAACUUAUCAGAACCUAGUUUCAUGUUCUAAUGGAAAUAAAUAGCAAAUAAAAACACAUUUUCUUGAGAAAUAAAGUCACAAAUGAGGGGGGUUCUCUGAAACAAAUAGUGAUAGAAGAGGAUUUCAGUUCUGGUCAAUAUUGACUUUUCAUGGCCUAAUUCCAAAUCUGAGGGAACGUGCUGAGGGAAUAAAAAAACAUAAAUGUGUGAUAAUGCAAGCAAGAGAAUGAAAAGAGAAAUAAAGAAAAAGGAGAAAACAUAGGAACCCGUGUUGCAGCAUGCAGAUAUCUUUUGAACCAGACCUACACACAUAAGCCCGACACCAGCCAGGGAAACUCGAAAAGAGUCCUGUAUAUGAACUAGCUCGCACAUGCACGCAGGAAAGGCCAUGACAAUCAGCGAAAAUAAUAGCAAAUGCAGAUGACAUUUGCAUUCAAAAAACAGGAAAAUAAGAUAACAGAAGGAUUAGGAACUUUCUAGAAGUACCUUCUUGAAAAAAAAGAUGAACAAUUUUUACUUCUCAUAAAAGGUCACGCAGUGACCCUACAAAUACUAUUCCUAUACGUGGAAUUUCUUGAUGGUGGAAAGUAGAAAAAACAUUUUCCAGUCUUAUUUUCUGGAAACAUGGCGUAGUUAAUGAAUUCAUGGGGUUAUUGAUAUUUCCUAACAAAUAAGGAGGGCAGAGUUUCCCGUCAGUCGCGGUAUGGAAAAGCCGAAGUUGUUACACUAGGGAACUUUUACGUCAACAAGCAGGCGACAUGAGACUUUAAAAUCUCCUCUCCUGUUACAGUUUCCUCAUUGUAAACUGUGCGAUAAUGAUAAUAGACGAUCAAAGUAUAGUCUAAUGAAUUUUUUGUUCUGUACAAGAGCCCUAUGUCCUGAUUUUAGCAAAUCUUCAAAGUAAUAAACGACGGAAGAAAGAAACGCUAGGAUCUUCCCAUUGAUCUUCCGUCAACAUGCAUCUCUCUAAACGUGAAAUUUUCCAUUCCUACAAAAAAUCUCGAAAGUUUUUCACAGUUUUCACCUCUCUUGACCAAUCAACUUGUAUAAAGAGCUAAAAAAUGUAGGUUUAUUUUGUCAAGUGACCGCCUAGAGCAAGAAUUGCGGGACAGGUGUAGUUGAGAGAAACUUGUCACAAUCGCAGAUUUUAAAAGGUAUCCAAGACAAAAAUACGGUAGUGCCCAAAGAUUUUUUUGAUGAUUUUCAGAGAUGAAAUGAUGGGUUAUAAAGGGUAAUUAAGAUUUGUGUUGUAGCUUUCUGACAACGGGAGAUAUUUGACCUCAAAGUUGUAAAAUAUUUAGAUGAAUCGAAAAGUCUAAAACCAAAGUCGUAUAUUUGCCUCUGUUCAUUGACAAGCCGUCAAUCAAACUGACUGAUACUCGCGGCGGCCAUUAACUAAGGAUGUAAAAAUAUGUGUGCAAAUUCUCAAAGUAAUCGGUUAAAUACCAUUGCAGUUAAAGCUUCAUACAUUUUACCUAUUUGAAGCGAUUUCCUUGGUGAAAACCAAGAAAACCCGGCGGGGUGGUCUAUAUCCACCCGGAAAUAACCAAAACAGAAACCAGUCUGUUUUUUUGAGUUUUGGGGUAGACCCUUUAAACUGACAAAGUUUCAUUGAAAUCGGUGAGAUGGCAUGUAGCGUGACUACCCGGUGCUCUCAUGGACGCGCUCUUAAGUCACUAUCUAGCUGUUUUAAAAAGAAGGAUCAGGACUUACCUAACUUUUAGUGUUUUUGUGGGAGUUGUUGAUCCCAAUUUAAGUGUUCUUAGAAGUUUCAGUUGUCUGUAAAGCAAAAUAAAUCUAACUGAAACCUAAUAGGGCCUGUUUAUUCUUUUCCGUUUAGUUUUUUUGUAUUGUUUUGUUUUGCCUUUUUUUUUUCUUCUGGUCUGUGAUGAUUUCAAUGGUUUCGGGUUCUUUUCUCAGAAUUGAGCUACAGUAACAGUAUGCUUCUUUGUGUUGUUGCCUACAGGAGCCGCUGCUUCUAUUGAAUUGAAGAGAUUUGAAGAAGCAAUCACUUGGUGUGAUAAGGGACUAGCUGUAUCCUUUGAAGGAAUCUUUCAUUUCUAACCGUGGGUAUAAUGGAAAAAAGUUUCCAGCUCAUAUACUUUCAAGGGAGAAAAUACAAAGAAGGGUAUUAAUUAUGAUGGGAACUUGUCAGCUCAUGUACUUUAAGUGUGUGUGAUUAAAAACAUAGGAGAAGUUAUUACCUCAUGACUUAUUAAUGAAAUUACUCCUUUUAGCCAAUUUGACUUUGACAAUUUCUACUAUCCAUGCCAAUAACUAGUACAUUAGUUUAAAUAACCCUUUAAUUUCCCAGACCAAAUUUGUAAUUAUCCUUACUGUCAACCAUACAAUUCUUGUAAUGUUAGUACAGAGAAUUCAGUAUUGCAUCAACUAACUAUUUUUAAAUUGAUAUAUUUUUUUUUACUCUCAACACUUAUCUGAUUGAUAUUGUAUUGCUAUUGUAAGGAGAAAUUCUCUUUUGGUCACUCACGGGAGUUAAAGGGUUAGAAGACUAAUAUUCAUCCAGUUUAUACAUAGUGCUUGGGUAGAUGAUCUCUCUAAAACAAGCCACAACGAAAAGCUCUUUAAUGUUUACAUAUCUUAUGCAGAUUUUCUGCCUUCGACCUUUUGCCUCUACUUAGAGACUCAGAAACUUUCGUUGUGCUUUCCUAUGGACACAAAAAUUUUAAAGAUAUGUAUUUAUUUUGUAUAUUUUUGUUUUUUCCACAUUUUUAACCCUUAACAUAAAAAAGAUUGACAAAAACAAUAGGAUCUUGUCGUCAUUAAGACUUCAGUCUGUCAGUGAAGUGGGAGAUAAGUCCAUGGAGGAAAAAGAUCCUAUUAGUCAUGACCACGGUAGUGCAAGUUCAGGUGAUGUCAAGAAAGUCAUAGAUCUCUAUAUUCAGGGAAAAGAAGCCAUAGAGUACCACAACCUACAUCUUAAAAUAGCUAAAGAAGUAGGAGACAAGCAUGGGGAGGGUGCUGCUUAUGGCAAUCUUGGCAAUGCUUAUCACCGUCUGGGUGAUUUCAAAAAAGCCAUAGAGUACCACAACCUACAUCUUAAAAUAGCUAAAGAAGUAGGAGACAAGCAUAGGGAGGGUAACGCUUAUGGCAGUCUUGGCAAUGCUUAUGACAGUCUGGGUGAUUUCAAAAAAGCCAUAGAGUACCACAACCUACAUCUUAAAAUAGCUAAAGAAGUAGGAGACAAGCAUGGGGAGGGUGCUGCUUAUGGCAAUCUUGGCAAUGCUUAUCUUAGUCUGGGUGAUUUCAAAAAAGCCAUAGAGUACCACAACCUACAUCUUAAAAUAGCUAAAGAAGUAGGAGACAAGCAUGGGGAGGGUGCUGCUUAUGGCAAUCUUGGCAAUGCUUAUCUUAGUCUGGGUGAUUUAAAAAAAGCCAUAGAGUACCACAACCUACAUCUUAAAAUAGCUAAAGAAGUAGAAGACAAGCAUGGGGAGGGUGGUGCUUAUGGCAAUCUUGGCAAUGCUUAUCUUAGUCUGGGUGAUUUCAAAAAAGCCAUAGAGUACCACAACCUACAUCUUAAAAUAGCUAAAGAAGUAGUAGACAAGCAUGGGGAGGGUAACGCUUAUGGCAAUCUUGGCAAUGCUUAUGACCGUCUGGGUGAUUUCAAAAAAGCCAUAGAGUACCACAACUUAGAUCUUAAAAUAGCUAAAGAAGUAGGAGACAAGCAUGGGGAGGGUGGUGCUUAUGGCAAUCUUGGCAAUGCUUAUGACCGUCUGGGUGAUUUCAAAAAAGCCAUAGAGUACCACAACUUAGAUCUUAAAAUAGCUAAAGAAGUAGGAGACAAGCAUGGGGAGGGUGGUGCUUAUGGCAAUCUUGGCAAUGCUUAUCACCGUCUGGGUGAUUUAAAAAAAGCCAUACAGUACCACAACCUACAUCUUAAAAUAGCUAAAGAAGUAGGAGACAAGCAUGAGGAGGGUGGUGCUUAUGGCAAUCUUGGCAAUGCUUAUCACCGUCUGGGUGAUUUCAAAAAAGCCAUAGAGUACCACAACUUAGAUCUUAAAAUAGCUAAAGAAGUAGGAGACAAGCAUGGGGAGGGUGGUGCUUAUGGCAACCUUGGCAAUGCUUAUGACCGUCUGGGUGAUUUCAAAAAAGCCAUAGAGUACCACAACUUAGAUCUUAAAAUAGCUAAAGAAGUAGGAGACAAGCAUGGGGAGGGUGGUGCUUAUGGCAAUCUUGGCAAUGCUUAUGACCGUCUGGGUGAUUUCAAAAAAGCCACAGAGUACCACAACUUAGAUCUUAAAAUAGCUAAAGAAGUAGGAGACAAGCAUGGGGAGGGUGGUGCUUAUGGCAAUCUAGGCAAUGCUUAUCUUAGUCUGGGUGAUUUCAAAAAAGCCAUAGAGUAUCACAACCUACAUCUUAAAAUAGCUAAAGAAGUAGGAGACAAGCAUGGGGAGGGUAACGCUUAUGGCAGUCUUGGCAAUGCUUAUGACCGUCUGGGUGAUUUCAAAAAAGCCAUAGAGUACCACAACCUACAUCUUAAAAUAGCUAAAGAAGUAGGAGACAAGCAUGGGGAGGGUGCUGCUUAUGGCAAUCUUGGCAAUGCUUAUCACCGUCUGGGUGAUUUAAAAAAAGCCAUAGAGUAUCACAACCUACAUCUUAAAAUAGCUAAAGAAGUAGGAGACAAGCAUGGGGAGGGUAACGCUUAUGGCAGUCUUGGCAAUGCUUAUGACAGUCUGGGUGAUUUCAAAAAAGCCAUAGAGUAUCACAACCUACAUCUUAAAAUAGCUAAAGAAGUAGGAGACAAAUCCUUGGAGGCAACGGCUUACUAUUCAUUAGGAUUGGAUUUUGAGUUGCAAGGUAGACUUCCAAAAGCCGUUGAACAUUACCAAGCUAGCAUAAACUUAUUCAAUUCCUUGAGAGUACUUCUAAUAUCUAAAGAUGAGUGGAAAGUUAAUUUUCGAAAUCAGCAUCAAGUGGCGUAUACGGGUUUGUGGAGAGUUCUCGUAAAACAAGGUAAUGUAGAUGAAGCCUUAUUUGUUGCUGAGAAAGGACGAGCUCAAGCUCUGACCGACCUCAUGGAAUCCAGUUUUUGUGGUGGAACAAGUCACCACAAGGGAGAAGAUGAAGAUUGCGCAGUUUUAAAAAACGUUCCAUCAAACACUGUCUUUCAGGCAGUGGACAAAGCUAACGUCAAUCUUUGGGUUGUGUCCGAAGGAAAACAAGUUCAGUUAAGACAAAGUAAACUCAAAGGUUUUGUUUCAGAGAAUAGUGGAUCUAGCCUAUCCUUUGAGUCGUUCAUGCUCGGUGUCUAUGCACAACUUGGUGUUCGUUCUAAUGUGAGAUGCGAAAACCGAUCUUUAGAUGCUUUGAGGGAGGGCCGUUCAAAAGUGGAUGAGAAAACCAAAGAAGCCAAGCCUCAACCUCACAUCCAACAAGACGGAUGCUUGAGCACUUUGUAUGAUAUCGUUAUGAAGCCGGUGGCGGACUUGAUUGAAGGGGAUGAGCUACUCAUUAUUCCUGAUGGACCCCUGUGGAUCGCUCCUUACGCUGCAUUGAAGGAUGGUAAUUCUAAAUACCUGUGUGAAUCGUUCACAAUUCGAGUCGCUCCAUCGUUAGCAAGUCUUAGACUCAUUGCCGAUUGCCCAGAUGAUUAUCACAAAAGCAGUGGUGCGUUACUUAUAGGAGAUCCGUGGGUAUCCGAGGUUACUAACAGCGAGGGAAAGAAAGUCUUCGAGCAGCUUGAGUAUGCUAAAAAAGAAGUAGAAAUGAUCGGAAAAAUUCUGAAUAUCACGCCGAUCACUGGCAGUCAGGCCACGAAACGUGAGGUGUUGAAAAGACUCAGUUCCGUUUCCCUAGUUCACUUUGCGGCACACGGAUGUAUGGAAACUGGCGAAAUUGCUCUUACACCUGACCCAGACCGAAUAUCUACUGUGCCAACGGAGGAGGAUUACAUUUUAACAAUUGGAGAUGUGUUGAAUGCUCAACUUCGGGCCAAACUUGUUGUGCUUAGUUGCUGCCACAGCGGCCGGGGCGAGAUCAAGGCUGAAGGUGUGGUUGGCAUUGCGCGCGCUUUUAUGGGGGCUGGUGCUCGGUCUAUUGUGGCGUCCCUGUGGGCGAUUGAUGACGAGGCUACUCUUGAGUUCAUGAAACACUUUUAUCAACAACUUGCAGGAGGUAAACCAGCAAGCGAGUCACUGAACCUGGCCAUGAAAAGCCUCAGAGAAUCAGACAACUUCUGCGACAUCAAACACUGGGCGCCCUUUUUGCUGAUUGGAGAUGACGUCACUCUUGACUUCAUGGCAAAGGAAAGAGAAAAUUUGAAUAUGAAAUCACAUAAAUGA